AUGGGAGGCUGUGAGACCAAGACGCCAAAGACGCGCGCUCACGGAGGGCGGGGAGUGCAUUCCUCCGAGGAGAAGUCUGCGGGCGCAGCCCCAGCGCGGAUGCCUGUGGGCGACCAGACAACUUGUUUGGUGGAUGGGGGAAGCAAGCAAGCGGAAAGAGGGCAGGCGCUGGGGUCAACAGCAGGACCGACCGACCAGACAAUUCAACGGCAGGAGCCUACAUUAGACUACUCCGUGCAUAUGAGGUUCAUUUCCAAGUCAGCAGCGGUUCCCACGCUGGUUGGCACUGGCACGACGCGACAGCGACCAGGCCACAGCCAUCGCGCGCCCCGUGGGUCCCAAGUUGAAGCACCCUGA